CAACUAUUUGAAAAUCUUAAUAAUCAUAGUAAAUCAUGUAUUAUUUACCACAUUUAGAUAAGAAAAUAAAUUAUCAUCUUUAUCUAUUGAUUUAUGGUGAACGCAGAACAACUUGGUAUGAAGAAAUAAUACCAAAAAUUCAGAAAUUUCUCAAUAUUGUACAUAAUGAAUUAAAACAUUGCAAAUGUCCUCUUUUGUUACUAUUUAUAACAAGUAUAAUCUUAAUCAUUCGAAUGGUUUGUUUCAGUUCUAUUCUGUGUGGAUUCAUCAUCAAAAUUCUCAGCAAUAUUCGUAGAUUAUCAAACCAAUAUAAUUUACAAUUACAAGAAAUAAGUUCUGUAGAAAGUAUUGAAAGCAAUGAAGAAUUAAUAUCUAAUUCUGAAAUUAUACCUUUGGAACCUGCUAAUGAAAUAGCAAAGCAAGAUGAAUCACAAAAGAUUAAAAAUAUUCAAAUCAAUGAGGAAUGUCAUGAAUUUCCAUGUAUCAAAGAAUGUGUAUUUGAGAACCGCAAAAAGAUGUUUUUUUUCACGAUAAAUUUAGAAGAUUUACCGCUGAAUAUUAUAGAAAAAUUUCCUAAUAUAAAUGAGCCAGAUUGUGAAACAAUUUAUCAAGUUCAGCCUUUGAUUAUGGAGAUAAUUGAUAGAGCUAUAAAAUAUAUAAAUGAUAAAUCCGAAGAUACUUAUAAUAAAGUAAUUAAUAAAUCUCAAGAAAUCGAUUCAAUAUCGGCAAAGUUAGAUAAUCGAUGCCAGAUAAAACUGUGUCAAGAAAAAUUCUGUUCACACAAAAUCCAUUCAGUUUCAAAAAUUCCAUUAUUACUAAAAUCUCGACAACAAAGAAAUUUUAUUAAAAAUAUUAAUGAUUCAUAAUUAUUAUCAUAAUAUUUUUUUGAUCUCUAAAUCAAAUUAAAAUAAUUUUUACAAUA